AUGUAUGAGUUAGUUCAAACAAAGCUAAAUACAGAGGCUUAUGAAAAAAUUUGGAAUUCAUCCGAUCUCAAUCCGAACCGUAUAACAUUGGAAUUGAAUGAAAUGUUUUCAUACAAUAAAACGGCCACUGAAGCUCAUCAUGAUGGUACAAGUUAUUUUGAUGUAAAUUGGCGACAAAUAAGAAAAUCAGCAGCAGAAACCAAUGUUGGCUUUUGGCAAAAAGUAAGUGCAAGUCUACUUGAUAUUAUUUCGGUUUCUGGCGAAUUUGGUUUCAAUUUUGGACAUCAAACAAACACAGAAAUUCUAGACGAACACCAAGAGAUUAGCUAUGAAGCGAUAUCAGAAAAAUACAUACAUGACAGUCUUCAAAAACAUGAUGUUCGUGUUGAAUGGACGGGUGAAAGGUUAGAACCAAAGUCAUUUGAUGUUUUUAAAAUCACUGAACUUACGGAUCGCCUACAAACAGCUUUGAUUAGUAAGCAACUUAUUGCUGAAAAAAAUCAAAGCGCAAUGAUUCGUGUAAUUAGUAUAAUGAAUACACCACACUCGACACCAACUAAUAAAACGCAUAUAAGCCAAUUUAUAACUGGAGACGUUAAACUUUAUACUGGCGUUAAUGCGCCAUCAUUUCCUUGGCUUCUAUGUAAUGGCUCGGCUGUUUCGCGUAUUCAAUAUCAACGUCUAUUUGCAGUAACUGGUGAACGAUAUGGUUCGGUUGAUGGUGUUCAUACAUUUAAUUUAGCAGAUUUUUGUGGACGAAUACCUCUUGGGGUUGAUCCUUAUGAAAAAUAUGUCAAAAUGGCCAAAGAAAUAGGAGUUUCAGCCACGGAUCCUUGUAUGUUAACUACAAAUGGGAGUCAUACACACGGUAUUUUGGAUCCUGGACACAAUCAUACUGGGAAAACAAGGAAUUCGAUGUACGGUUCUGGUGGUUACAGGAUGAAAGGACCUGACUAUGGUAACGAUGGAGCUCAACACUCACAUAUUAUUCCUAGGGGUUAUACAGGAAUCACAGUUCAAUCUGCAGGCGAUCAUACACACACAGUUCAUGGCGAAACAGGAUCGUUUGGCAAUGCCGAAGCAUUCACUGUUAUGCCACCGUAUCAAACAAUCAAUUAUAUAAUAUAUGCAGAUUAA